AUGGGCGAGGGAAGCUUCUUCAAGGGUACUAGUUUAGAGCAAGACAGUCGGUUUUCGGAUAAACAAAAAAAACUGCUAAAAAGCAUGAAUUUUCCUAUAGAAUUUAACAGAAAGGUUGAUCUGAAAAAGGUAAACAUGACAGUCAUCAGACCCUGGAUCGCACAAAAAAUUGUUGAUUUAUUAGGAGGUGAAGACGAAGUUGUUGUCAAUUAUGUAUUUGGCUUAUUGGAAGAACCGGAUCUUGAUCCAAGAAUGAUGCAAAUCAACCUCACCGGAUUUUUGGAAAGGAAUGCUCCUGCCUUUGUAACAGAAUUGUGGAAAUUGCUUUUAUCAGCUCAAGAUAGUGAAAGUGGUAUUCCGACUAUAUUUCUCGAACAGAAAAUGGAAGAAAUUCGCAAGAAGAAGGAAGAAGACGAGAGAAUUAUGGCCGAAAUUCGAAAAAGACGCGAAAAGGAGGAUGCUGAAAGAGCAAGAUUAAAAGAGACCAGAGAAAAGGAGCGUAGAGAAGAAAGAGAAAGACGAGAUCGUGAAAAUAGAUCAGUCCGUCACUCUAGUAGAAAUAGAGAUGACGAUAGACAUCGGCGAAAUUCUCAUCGCCCUCGAAGCCGUAGUAAAAGUGAUGAAAAUAGAUAUCGACGUUCUCAUAGAAGCAGAGAACGUCCUAUCAGAGAUCUCAGAGAUCGUAGUAGAGAACGAGAACGUCCUAUCAGUGAUCGUAGUAGAGAACGAGAACGCCCUACCAGGGAUCGUAGCAGAGAACGCGAACGUCCUAUUAGGGAUCGUAGUAGAGAACGCGAACGUCCUAUUAGGGAUCGUAGUAGAGAACGCGAACGUUCUACCAGGGAUCGUAGUAGAGAACGCCGAAGACAUAGAAGUCAUAGACGUAGUAGGAGUCAAAGUAAAGACGGUCGUAGAUAUGAUGAAAGAAAAUUACGACACAAGAGCCGAAGUAAGAGCAGAGAAAGAGAAGAUACAAGUAAACGACGACGUUAUUCCAAGGAAGAACCUAUUUCAAAAUUAUCUUCAGGACAGUUCAGUCCUACUUCCUCUCCGGAAGGAAACCUUCGUACAGAAAUUAACGUAUCUGAGGACGAUGCCAAAAAAAGGACCGUAGAAUCAGCAGAAUGGUGCGAUUCUGCUCAAAGUUCACCGCCUAGAAAGAAAAUAGCCGAUGCACCUAUUUUCAAGUCAAGGUGGAAUGACGAUGAUGAAGAUGAUGUGGAUAACAAGAAAAGUAAAAAGACAUCGACAGUUGAAUUAGAACAAUUAGAACAAUUACGAGCUAAAGCAUUUGAGUCAAUGAAAGGCCGGCGUGACCCACCUUCUUCUUGCAGUGCUGGUCCUAUUGGUGAUGAUCUUUUUCAUUGGCAGGCUACAAUUAUGGGACCAUCCGAUUCUCCAUACGCUGGUGGUGUAUUUUUCCUUGCCAUCCAUUUUCCGACAGAUUAUCCCUUUAAACCUCCGAAAGUUAAUUUUACAACAAGAAUUUACCAUCCCAAUAUCAACAGUAAUGGAAGUAUAUGCCUGGAUAUUCUAAGGGAUCAAUGGUCACCAGCACUUACUAUUUCGAAGGUUCUUUUAUCCAUUUGCUCAAUGUUAACUGAUCCAAAUCCAGAUGAUCCGCUUGUACCUGAAAUUGCUCAUGUUUAUAAGACCGAUCGUACUCGUUAUGAAGCCACAGCUCGAGAGUGGACGCGUAAAUAUGCUAUGUAG